AUGACAACACUGACAUUAAAGUCUUUUUUACAGAAAAGUCUUCAUAAGACAUGGAGAAAUUCAGUACUAAUCAAUCCAGUUAUUGCAGAACGUGCAGUUAAUACUUUGGAAUUAAAUACAUAUCAUGAUGCAACUAUUAUUGAAAUGAGUCCAGGUCCAGGAAUGAUGACUCAAGCACUGUUAAAAAAAAUUAGACCGAAACAUUAUAUUCUUAUGGAACCCAAUAAAACAUUUCAUCCAAUUCUUGAUGUAGAAUCAUUGGAUUCAAAAAUUCGAGAGAAAGCACCUAAUCAGAUUAUUUUAACAGAAUUAGAUGGUUUUUUAUGGUCAUCAUAUUCUAAGUUAAUAACUCAAGAAUUAUUUAAACCACCAUGCCAAUCAAUGGAUCAGAUUCACACAUCACUUUUGUUUAUGGCGCAUCUUCCAUAUGGGUCUUUGGGAGAACAGUUACUUGUGCAAUUUUUUACUGCACGUUUUGAUGAAAUAUGGAUUCAUCAGUAUGGGCGAAUACGUAUGCUUCUUUGGGUUACAACACCCUUAGCAAAAAGACUUUUAGCAAUACCUGGAAAACAAGGAAGGUGUAGACUUAGUGUUAUUUGUGAAUCUGUUGCUGAUUGCAGAAUUAUUGUUGGAAAUAAUGAUUUUCUAGGGUUACAGCCUACAUUAAAAACAGUAUCAAAUGAUUUUAUUCGAGAGAAAGAUUUAAUAUUAAUAGAGGUUAUUCCAUUAUCAAAAAUUCCAAUCAAAUCUUCACUAGAAAUAUUUGAUUAUGUUGUUAAGCAUCUUUUCGCUUUGAGAAAAACACCUCUUAUAAAAGCAUUAGGAACACUCGGGCCAGGUGCUGAUGUAUUAGCAAAGGAAUUAUCCUUAGAAUUACUUGAAAAAAAAAUAGAUGAAAUGACACGAGAAGAUUUUGAUGAAAUUGCACAACUUUUUGAUAAAUGGCCCUUUAGACCUAAAAUACUGUUUGAUCAGUGGAUAGAUAAUAAAGAAGGAUCAUCCAAUAUAAUUGGUGAUAUAUAA